CCGGCGGGGCCGCUCGGUGCGGGACGGGACGGGGCUGCAGAGCCGAGCUGAGCCGAGCCGAGCCGAGCCGAGCUGAGCUCCACCAAGCCAUGAGCUCCCGCAGGUGGUUUCAUCCCAACAUCAAUGGAAUUGAGGCAGAGAAGCUGCUCCUGACCAGAGGUGUCCAUGGCAGCUUUCUGGCUCGACCCAGUAAGAGCAACCCAGGAGAUUUCACUCUCUCUGUCAGAAGGAACGACGAGGUGACACACAUUAAGAUCCAGAACACAGGGGAUUACUAUGACCUGUAUGGAGGGGAGAAGUUUGCCACCCUUGCAGAGCUGGUGCAGUACUACACUGAGCAGCAGGGCUUGCUGAGGGAGAAGAACAGCAAUGUCAUCGAGCUCAAGUACCCUCUCAACUGCCAGGACCCCACCUCAGAGAGGUGGUAUCAUGGACAUCUCACUGGCAAGGAGGCAGAGAAGCUCCUGACAGAGAAGGGGAAGCCAGGUAGCUUUCUGGUGAGAGAGAGCCAGAGCAAACCAGGAGACUUUGUGCUGUCAGUGCUGACAAAUGAGGACAAGAUGGAGCCUGGGGAUCGCAAACCACACGUGACCCAUGUGAUGAUCCACUACCAGCUGGAUGGGAAGUAUGAUGUGGGAGGAGGAGAGAGGUUUGACACACUCACAGACCUGGUGGAGCACUAUAAGAAAAACCCCAUGGUGGAGAAAUCUGGAGCUGUGGUUCAUCUGAAGCAGCCAUUCAAUGCCACUCGCAUCAAUGCAGCCAACAUUGAAAACAGAGUGAGGGAGCUGAACAAAAUGGCAGAUCACAGUGAGAAGGCCAAGCAAGGCUUCUGGGAAGAGUUUGAGAUGUUGCAGCAGCAGGAGUGCAAGCUCCUCUACCCCAGGAAGGAGGGACAACGACCUGAGAACAAGGCUAAGAACCGCUACAAGAACAUCCUUCCCUUUGACACCACUCGGGUGGCACUCCGAGACGCAGACCAGAGCGUGCCUGGGUCAGACUACAUCAAUGCCAACUACAUCAAGAGCAUCCCUGAAGAUGACAGGAACUCAGAGCACUGCAAGAUCUAUAUAGCCACCCAGGGCUGCCUGCAGACCACAGUGAAUGACUUCUGGGCCAUGGUGUAUCAAGAGAACAGUCAUGUCAUUGUGAUGACAACCAAGGAGGUGGAGAGGGGCAGGAACAAGUGCUUCCGUUACUGGCCGGAGCGGGGCUGCAGCAGGGACUACGGCUGCGUCUGCGUGCGCAGCGCCAGCGAGCGCCAGGCUCAGGGCUACUACCUGCGGGAGCUGGAGGUCUCCCGGCCCGACAGGGAUGAGCACCCAAGGCUGGUGAAGCACUAUCAGUACUUCAGCUGGCCAGACCAUGGGGUGCCCAAUGAACCAGGAGGGGUUCUGAGCUUUCUGGACCAAGUGAAUCGAGCGCAGCGAAGCAUUCCAGACACGGGGCCCAUCAUAGUGCACUGCAGUGCUGGAAUAGGACGCACAGGCACCAUCAUAGUCAUAGAUAUUCUGGUGGAUAUUAUUCACAGGCAAGGUUUGGACUGUGACAUUGACAUCCCCAAAACCAUCCAGAUGGUGCGCAGGCAGCGCUCGGGCAUGGUGCAGACCGAGGCGCAGUACAAGUUCGUUUACAUGGCUGUGCAGCAGUACAUCGAGGCUGAGCAGAAGAGGCUGGAGGAGGAACAGAGGAGUAAGAGGAAAGAGCGAGACUACUUGAAUAUUGGCUACUCUCCCAUGGAGAAAGGCAGAGCCAAAGGGCAGCCCCCUUCCCCACGGACCCAGGCUGUGGCUGAGGAUGAGUCAGCUUCCGUCUACGAGAACCUUCACAUCAAAAGCCCAAAGGUCUCAGGGCUGAGUAACACGGGGCGAUAGAGGAACCGGAGGUGAGCUGUGUGGAGGCUGGACAGGAUUUACAGUGUUUACAUCUCUCCCCUUCUGCAAUCAUGGACACUUUGGCUUUCCCCAAGCACCUCAGAUUCAACCAGGAGGAAAAGCAGCCUGAGAACGUGCCUUGACCUGACUUAUCUGUGAGAAGGAUCUUCUCCCAUUCUCUCCUGUAUCAGUAGGCUGCUAUUUAAAGUGCCUCUGGACAUUUAUUAGGGCACCAAGGCUCGGUUGUUGCUGUUUAUUUUGGGUUGGUUGGGGGGGUUUAAUUUAAGAUGCAUCUUUUUUACACAGGAGUUGUUGAGAGGAAUGGGAAGGAGCUUGUGCUGAGGAGCUUGCCCAGGGUUGCCCACUUUAGGGCAUUACUGGAGUGUUAGUACACUUUGUUUUCUUGAGGGUCAAUCAUUUCUACUCUACAAGUGGUUUUUAGCCUAAAUCCUGGAGUAACCUUGCUGACUGUGAGGCUGAGAAACAGAGAGCACUGCCUGGCCAACCAGGUAUUUGCACCUCUGUUGCUUCUUCUCACCCUUAACUCUGGCUGUAGUGGCUCCACAGUUCUAUGCAACCCUGCCAAAGCCCACUGAGCAGUCCCUGUGUGUGUGUGUGAGUGUGUGUGUGUGUGUGCCUGAGAGCUGCUCUGAGUCACACAGCAGAGCUGAGACACAGAGCUGAGCAUCUCCAGCUUGGACUCUGGGGGUCUGAAUGUCAAACCAAGUGCAAUCCCACCAAGCUGAUGGGUGAUGAGGAGUGGGAAAGCAGCUUGGUGCACUGUGGUUUUGGGCACCUCUAGUGAGUGUAACAGCUGGGAUUCUGAGCUGAACUUUCUGAGCUGGGCCCCUUGAUGCAGCUCUGCCAUUACCUUGCUGCAUGACCCCUUUUCUUCCCCUCUCUCUCUGCAACUGUAAGACAAGGCAAGUGUUGUGUCUGCUGAGUAGGGGUGUUGUAGGAGUGUGUGUGACCAGUGCCAUGAAGGUGACAGUGUCACCAAGUGAAGUGCUCCAGCUCUGUUGAUAAGCCUUGACUUGUACCUGCUGGUGCCUCCUGCUGUCCCAGCCCAGAAGCCUGCAAUAGCCCUGCCAAAGAGCCCCUUUCCUGCAGGAUUCCAUGGUGCCUGAGCUCUGUGGGGAGCUUUGGGCCUGAGUGCCAGUGCCUGAACCUCUGGAGCACGUGUGGGCUCAAUGCUGAAGUCCUCCUGGGGCUCUGGAACUGGAUGGACUCACUGCAUGGUUGGGGUAUUAGUGCCUCAAGUGCCACCUCCACUGUGGAGAAGGGGUUGAACUAAAGCACAAUGACAUACCUUGGCUGUGUUUGCUGGCUGGUGUCUCUGGUCCCUUGUCCCAGGGACAGGAGAACUGUUUCUUCUCAUUGCACUUUUAAUAAAUGUUGGAUAUUCUCAAGGC